AUGAAGCCACGUAGUAUAUUGGCGAUUCUCGUUAUUAUGUUGCUGUGCACUGAAGCCGUCAUUGUGCAUGGUGAUAAUAAGGGUGGCAACGGAAACGGAAAUGGAAAUGGCAACGGCAACGGAAAUGGAAAUGGCAACGGGAACGGAAAUGGAAAUGGAAACGGAAACGGCAACGGCAAUGGUAAUGGCAACGGGAACGGGAACGGAAAUGGAAAUGGAAACGGAAACGGAAAUGGCAAUGGUAAUGGAAACGGCAACGGUAAUGGAAACGGCAACGGUAAUGGAAAUGGAAACGGAAAUGGCAACGGUAAUGGAAAUGGCAAUGGUAAUGGAAAUGGAAACGGCAAUGGCAACGGAAAUGGAAAUGGCAACGGCAACGGUAAUGGCAAUGGCAACGGCAACGGUAAUGGAAAUGGCAAUGGCAAUGGUAAUGGAAAUGGCAAUGGAAACGGCAACGGUAAUGGCAACGACAAGGGCAAUGGUGAUAAGAAUAAGAAGAAAUAUGAUGAUGAAGUGGAUUAUGACCACUUGUCACCAUCGAAGAGUGGACAAGAACGUGCCUACUGCAAAGCCAAAGGUGCUUGUUACCACCAGACUCUUAUUUGCCCCUCUGAAUGCCCUCGAAGGAAGCCUAAGCAUAAUAAGAAGCAGAAGGGUUGCCAUAUCAACUGUGCCAGCAAGUGUGAAGCCACUUGCAAGUGGAGGAAACCAGAAUGUGAUGGCUAUGGUUCUAUUUGCUAUGACCCUCGUUUUAUUGGCGGUGAUGGAGUUAUGUUCUACUUCCAUGGAGCUAAAGAUGGAAACUUUGCCAUCGUCUCCGAUGAUAAGCUUCAAAUCAAUGCUCAUUUCAUCGGCACUAGACCACAAGGAAGGACUCGCGAUUUCACAUGGGUGCAAGCCUUGGCCGUCAUGUUCGAUACCCACACUCUUGUCAUCGGAGCAAAUAGAGUUUCUCAUUGGGACGACAACAUCGAUGCUCUAAGUGUUCGAUGGGAUGGCGACACUGUUAACAUCCCUUACGACGGAGAAGCCGAAUGGAGGAAUGGACGAGUGUUGAUCGAAAGAACCGAUGACAGAAACAACAUUCUUGUCAAAGUAUCGGGAUUGGUGGAGAUUUACAUAAGGGUGAGACCGAUUGGAAAAAAGGAAAAUAGGGUUCAUAAGUAUCAGUUACCAGAUGAUAAUGCCUUUGCUCACUUGGAAACACAGUUCAAAUUCAGCAACUUAAGUGAUGAAGUUGAAGGAGUGUUGGGAAAAACGUACCAGCCUGGUUAUAUGAGUCCAGUGAAGAGAGGGGUGCCAAUGCCCAUAAUGGGUGGGGAAGAUAGGUAUCAAACCCCAUCACUGUUUUCAACUUUCUGCAAGGCUUGCAGGUUUCAGAGAUCUUCUGUAUCAGUUGCCAGCAUCUGAACUGAGUUUCAUAUUCUGCAU